AUGUGUCAGACGUACGCCAGCUUUGCCGAGGCGGCGGCGGCCGUCUUUCGCGCCCUCUACGGCGUCCGCCACGUGUACUGGGAUCUGUUUGAGGCGUAUGUCGCGCGAGGCGCGUGGGGUCGCCGACCGGCCGCCGUGGGUACUCUGCCGUGCGUCUUCUACAUGGAGGGCCGGAGGCACACGACGUACGCGUCGCCUCUCCUCGCCGCCCUCGAAGUCGCGACGCUCCGCGAGGCCGACGGAACGGGUGAGUUUGUCCCGGAGCAGAUUGCGCGCGGGGAGCACACCGUGGGCCGGAGCAGCGGCCGGGGUCAGAGGCGGCGGGGGCACCACCCGCAGCCCGCGCCGGAGCGGAAGAAGACCGCGUCCGCGGGCGGGGCAGUCAAGCUCCGGCCGGGCAGCCUCGUCUUUGUGGACUGGGCGCGCUACCGUGAGCGCCACCCUUGUCGGCCGGAGCCCACCGCGGCGGAGCCCGGCCUGCCGUGGGAGAUUGUCGGCGCUGAGUACGCGCGGCUGCCGGGCCUCGGGUCGAGGCCCGGGGCGGAGCCGAGCCCGGUCGAUGCCAAGAUCGCGCCGUGGCGCGCGGGCGAGCAGGCCCCUGCGGGUGCCGGCGGCGGUGACAUCGUCGUGCCUCGCGGCUGCCUGGUCAACUUCGGCUCGGGCUUCCCGGGCGCGUGGCGGGAGCACCCCGGCGCGUCGCGCCGGCUGCUUGCGGCCCUCGAGCACGUGGUCGAGCACCAGAGGCGGCGCAAGGCGGAAGCGCCUACGCUUGUGCAAAUGUGGGGCUACAUCAUGGGGGACGAGCCGCUGCCGCACGCGGCCGCGUCGCUCCGCCGGAACGGCGGGCCGCCGCCAUCCACCACCCUCUCGUGCCGCCGCAUGGCGGCCGCGCCGCGGGCGGAGGAGGCGGACGGGCAGGCGGCGGAGGAGGAGUGCACUCCGCCCGAGGCUCAGGGCCACCACUAG